AUGUUCAUGUUCAAGCGGACUUUGAGUUCUACAGCAGCACCUCCAAGGGAGCUAUCCAGGGUUAUGGAUAUGAGUUUCACAAGAACGAUGAAUACGGCCCCCGUAUUCUUCGAUUCGCCGACGUCAAGAGCUUCUCCAUCCACGACGUUGCUCUCGUCGAUUGUGCCCGCAUUCCACUUCUCUAUAGAUACCUGCUCCGACAGUGAAGUGUACAACAUGGUCAUUCACGGAGGUAACCGAGGUAGUCUCGAUGGUAUCAACGUCUGGGGAACCAACAUCCAUAUCCACGAUGUUGAAGUCAGCAACAAGGACGAGUGCGUCACCGUCAAGAACCCCUUCGACCACCUCUUGAUCGAAAACAUCUUCUGCAACUGGUCUGGCGGUUGUGCCAUGGGCUCCCUGGCCACCGACAUUGCGUUCCAACCAGAUGUACAUGUUCAAGUCUUACGGCGGCAGCGGCACUGUCAACAACGUUGCUCUCAAGAACUUCGCAGGCCACUCCAAUACCUGCACGCUCGACCUCGAUGCCCAGUGGAGUCCGUGAAGCCCAUCGCUGGCGAUGGCAUUCUCUACACCAACAUGAUCUUCUCCGGCUGGUCCGGAAUCUGUGCCGACGGCCAUCAGAGAGGACCCAUCAAGUUCAACUGCCCCGCUGAUAUCCCGUGCACUGACAUGCAGGUCGAUGACUUUACUGUUGAGAGCAACAAGGGCGAUACUGUUGAGCACGUGUGCAAGAACGCUUAUGGCUCUGGGGCUUGUCUCAAGAAGGGCGAUGGUGAUGCUUACACAACGACGCAGACUGUCGACGGUGCCAGCGCUGCCACUCCGACAAUGGAUGGAGAGAUUGAGAAUGGUCUUGGUCUUACUGUGGCUAUUGCGAUCCCUACCAUCAGAGCCUCCUUCUUCCCCGGUGUCGCUGCCAUCAGUCCCCGCAUGGCCGACGCCGCCAAGGCUCAGGAUACCGCUCGUGUAGAGACUUCCGUCCCCGCUGAGGCUGAGACCACUGCUGACACUUAUGCUGCAGCUGAUAUAACUGUCCCUAUCAACGUUGCUGGAUCAUCUUCCACCUCUGCUGUGACCGACGAGGUUACACUUGUUGCCACUCCUACGGCCUCCGUCGACGAGCCGAGCAGCCUCCUCCCCGAGGAAAGCUCUACUCUUGAGACUGCUGUAAAGGCUUCCAAGACUGCAAAGGCCGCUGCUAAAACAACUGAUGCGCUGCCAAGGACUUCCUCUUGCAAGGCAAAGAGACGCCGAAGCCUUCAAUCUAAGCAUUUGUAA